AUGAGUUAUAUUAGAGGGUGUCAAGAAUGCAAACAACGUUCUGAAGAAAGAUCCUUAAAUAAGUAUAAUAUACACAGUGGUCUGGCUAUUCAUGAUAAAAACGGGAUGGUUGAUGCAGUAUAUACGUAUACUUUUGUAUAUCAGGUACCAGAUGUCUCAGUAAGCAGUGUAAUACAUGUAAGUUACAUGUUUUCAUUUGACACAAACUGGAUCUCCACUCACUUAAUUGGAAUAGGCUUGUUGAGCACAUCAGUAUUGAUAGAAUACAGUGAAAACUUAUGGAAAAACAUAUGUGUGCCGUGUACGCAGAUGGAACUUACUGACGGUAACAGAGGACUACUCAUCUGA